AUGUAUGGUAGGGGAGGCAGUGGGACAGGCACCAAGUCGCUUCGCUCCUCUUUGCUGCCCAACAACACUAGGUAUAUCAAAUUGAAAGGAGGCAUUCAGGUUCACAUCUUAUCCUCGCGUCCGCGAAUGCGGCCCAUUGUUUGGUUCAUUCGGACCCAGCCCGCUCCGACACCCUCGGCGCAAAUUGUGUGGCCUAUGAAGCUGAGCAACUCGCGACAGCCUUACGAGUUGCAAUUCAAUGCCAUCAUCGGUUCAGACAGCGCGGUGGCAAACCUUGCGACAGUGGAGAGCAAUCUCGUUCUUAAAGGGAAUGCGAGCUCCACUACUCUCACGUAUGCAGACCUCGUCAAGAUCCCUGACGACCACUGGCUUCGACCCCAUCAUCCCAACGUUUACUUUGCCCAUCCACAGGCCCUCAAUCUCACUGAGAUUUAA